UUAUUUAACAACUCUCACCUAUAAAUAAAAGUGGUCUCUCCCAAAUCCAUUUUCUUCCGCAAGGGACUUUUUUGAGAGGGGACACACAUGUUUCUCUCAUCAUCAAAGUACUAAUACUCAUUAAACCUUCCCCCUACCUUAACCUAUUUCAUCAUUGCCAUUCAUUCUUAAUUAUCAUGGCUGUUGACCUACACACUGGUAAUGGCAGUGGGGACUCAUCACUUCCUUAUGAUUCGUUACUCCAGCCAUCAACGGACUUAACUCACUCCAACAAAUUCAACAUCAACGGUUCUGAUUCAAAUCAAGAGAUUCUGAUUUCUCCUGAUUUUGGAUCUCAUACAUAUACUACUCCACCUCCUCAUUCCGUCGAGCCACAACAGCUGCAAGGGAAGGAAGACGAUCUCUUUGAUGAGCUAACCCAACAACAUAUGCAUAUGGUUAACUCCAUGCUCAAUUCAUCAGACAUUCCUUCCGAGUAUUGCGGCGAAUCGUUGAAGCCAUUGGACUCAAUGAGUUGCUGGUCUCAAACAUCUCUUUGGUCACCUUUAUGCUCAAAUCAGGGGAGUUCUGAAGGCUCUUUGUCUCCAAAGGAACCAUCUGAGCCGGGAAACAGCCAUGAUUCUGAUUGCUUCGACCUGCUUAAGAUGCUUGACAAGAUGAAAUUCGACGAAAGUGACAGUUCUAGAUACCAUCCAAGCUCGGAGAUGGAGAGUUCUCAGUCCCAUGCUGUUGGAGUUUGUUCAUCAAACCAAUUUCUACUUAAUGCACAAAUUCGAGCUAAUCAGAUGUCUAGACAAAGGAUAGAGCAGAUGCUGUCAUUAGAGCAAAAACUUGCAGCUUAUAGAGAAAGUCAUGGCCAUUUGUCCCCACAAAUUCAGAAGAAUGGUAAAGAAGAUGAUGUUAGAUUUGGGAUGGCACCUUUGCAACGGCCUGGUCCUAUGCACCAGCAGGCAGGUUCGGAGAAGCGGACAGAUUUUCAGGGAGCAACCGGUUCAAGAGGCACAUCAUGUGGGACAGGUGUUUUCUUGCCACGUGGUGGAGUCAGUGCUUUUCAGUCACAUCAGACUAAGAGACCUGGUAAAGGUUGCUCCACUGUUCUUAUACCCGAGAGAGUAGUACAAGCUUUGCAACUCCACUUCGAUCAAAUUGCUGCCACAUCUGGACCUAAACCUCGUGUCUUCCCUCCCCUACAUGAUGUUUUAGUGAGUACUAAUAGGGAUGGCAUGUAUUCCCUACAGAAGCGUCAAUCGCGGAAGAAACAAACACAAAUUCAGAAUGAGAUGAUUCUGCCUCGAGAGUGGACCUAUUGAAGCAGAAGUGCAGCAGACUGUAGUAGUGCCAUUUGUAGCAACUUUUUCUUUAGUUUUGUUACAGAUUCAUGUUAGUACUUGUGUGGUUUCUGCCAAUUAAAGCAGAAUAAAGUAAUAAAGAAAAGCUGGUUGAAGAGGGAUAAAUAAAAUUCCCAAAUGACUAAAUCCUUUUUCAGAUUCAUUGGAUUUAUAUGUAGGGAAAUAUUUUGGAUCUAAUACUGUAUCAUGAUUAGAUUAGAUAGUAAAAAUUAUGGAUUGUUAAGGAUAUAUAUCUUGCUUUGUUUUAUGCUUCUACCUUAAUUCUUGUGUAAGAGGCGAUCCAAGGAUGGAUGAUACAGAACAAAUUAACAUUGAAAUCUUUUCUGAUUAA